AUGCAUGGAGAAAAUGCUGGUGCACAGAAUAAUUUAUGCCACUUGUGCUCUGCCUCUUACAAAUUCGCCAGCACGCUAAAGCAACACAUCGAAGAAAUCCAUGAAGGAAUUUACAAAUUUGAAUGCAACAUUUGCCAUAAAAAGUUUUAUAGAAAUUCUCAGUUAAACAGACACAAAAAGAUUCAUGGAGAUUCUGAAAAGAAAAUGAAAUGUGAUGUUUGUGGAAAAGGUUUCUGGCACGAAUUUAAUCUUCAAAGACAUAUUCGCCUACUUCAUAAUACCCAAUCAGAACAAUUUCACUGCUCUUAUUGUGGCCGACCUUUCAGUCAAAAAGCCAGCAUGAUUUCACAUGUUCAAAGGGUUCAUUUUAAACUUUUUAAAUUCAAAUGUGAAUUGUGCGAGUUAUCUUUCGAGCAGUCUAAAGAACUUGUAAAUCACAUGAGCCAUGUACAUGAUAAAAAGGACUUUGAAGUUCCUCGGCAAAAACCAGCCCACAACAAAUACCUCAAAACUCCGGACGAAAUGUUUUGUUGUCCUUCGUGUACAAAACGGUUCUUCUACAAAGCAGAAUUAAUUGUUCAUAUUUAUUCCUUUCAUGCAGACACUUUUCCUUUCAAAUGCCGAUAUUGUCCUCAGGGAUUUUUUAGACGACCAUAUUUGAGUCGGCAUCGU